AUGAAUGCUCUCUCACUUCUUUUCUUGCUAUGCGUUGCCAUUGCCGCUGUAAGCGGUGCCAUUCGAGCAAAGCGACAACGCACAGUCAUUGAACGUACUGUUAUCCAACGCGGUGGACCGGCAUUUAACCGACAGCCUCAGCCUUGGGGUUAUGGUCCAGGAGGUUUCCGAGGAGGAUGGGGCCAGCCUAACCCUCUCGCAUUCAACCGAGGCCCAUUCGGUAAGCCUCUAUCCCGCAUCAAAGAAAUUUUCUGA